AUGAACAUACAGGCCAUCAUCUGCUCGUUUAUUACGGCAUUCGGGACCGUAAUGAUUUGUGUGACUACAAAAACCAUUGAUGAUGAUGGUGAAUUCAAAGGUCAAACAAGAACGAUCAUCCUUUCCAUAGGAAUAGCCUUAACGGCUAUUGGAGGGCUUGGCUACAUUUUUACCAUUUAUGAAGUCCGUUUGAAUCCAUCCCAUGAAAAGCUCAUAAAAGGAUACAAACGAAAACUCGAGGAACAAGUGGAUCGGAAAAGAAAAGAGACCAUAGCUAAGGUUGGUUUACGAAAAAAGAGUAAAAAUUAUUAG